GCUUCACUCGCACGCGCUCUCCUGUGGCGUCAGAACGCUGCACGAGCUGCCGGCGCGCGCCGCUUUAUAGAUGCUCUGCAACUGAACGGAGAUCUUAAUUGAGCAGCUUCUCACGGGAGUUUAUCGUUUAUUUAUUAAUUCCACGCGCGAGGUCUCGUGUCACAGAAGCUCCGUUCCGUCUUUGCUCGCUCGCUCAUCCAUCCGACUCUGGUCUCCAUGACGCGAUGAGCGGCCUUCAUCUAUGUCCUGUCUGGCCAUCAUUCCAGGGGACCUCCACCCAGUGGUUCUGCUCCACCCAGCCGUAGGGAUGCAUGUCAUGGACAGCGUCUUCCAAGGCAAUAAGAGUGAAGGGUUCCCCCUCCAGGAGCAGGAGGUAGCUGUUGCCGUGGUGAUGCCGUCAAGCUUCCCCACUGGAUUUUAUGACAGAAACGACAGGAAAACGUUGCCGGAUGUUCCUGUCCCUCCUCCACCUGCUCCUCCUCUUCCACCACCUCCACCCGCGGGACCUGAAAUGGGCUCCAAGAAGAAGAAAAGAAUCAGGAGCUUUUUCUGGAAGACAAUUCCAGCAGAAAAGGUGAAAGGGCGAGCCAAUGUGUGGAGUCAGGACCAAGUGCAGCAGAACUUCCAGAUUGAUGUGCAGAAAAUUGAGGAGCUGUUCUGUCAGAACGAUGCUGCGGCCAAGCCGGGACGGACGAAGAGCCAGGGCCUGUUCAGAGAAACCAGGGAGCAGGUGUCUAUUCUGGACUCCAAGAGAGGCAUGAACGUUGGGAUCUUCCUCAAACAGUUCAGAAGGUCCAACGAGGCAAUUAUCGAGGACAUUCGCCACGGCAACAGUGAGUCAUUUGGGGCGGAGCCUGUGAGGGAGCUGCUGAAGCUGCUGCCAGAGACGGAGGAGGUGAAGAAGCUGGAGGCGUUCAGAGGCGACGCGGCGCAGCUGGCGCUGGCAGAUGCCUUCAUGUACCUGCUGAUCCAGGUGCCCAGUUACUCCGUUCGCAUCGAGUCCAUGCUGCUGAAGGAGGAGUUUCCCGCCUCCUGCGACGCGAUGAAGCGCGACAUCAGCAUCCUUCGCUCCGCCACCGAAGAGUUAAUGAGCUGCAAGGAGCUCCAUGCUGUUCUCCACUUGGUGCUGCAGGCCGGAAACAUCCUCAAUGCUGGAGGCUACGCAGGAAACGCCGUCGGCUUCAAACUGUCGUCUCUUCUGUCUCUGGCUGACACCAAGGCCAACAAACCGGGCAUGAACCUUCUCCACUUUGUUGCUCAGGAAGCUCGGAAAACAGACGAGAAGCUGCUGGAGUUUCCUCACAAGCUGCAUAACGUCCAGGCAGCGUCCAGGAUCUCCUUGGUAACUCUGGAUGAAGAACUACAGCUGCUGACUUCCCGCACGCGCUCACUGGAGGAGAAUGUCCAGAGAGACACUGAGCUCCUGCAGCAGCUGGACGCCUUCCUGCAGAGCGCCACGUCUUCUCUGUGCUCCCUGCGGACCAGUCGACAGCAGCUAAAGAAGGAAGGCAACGAUCUGAUCGACUUCUUCUGCGAGGACGUCCACGCCUUCAAGCUGGACGACUGCUUCAGCAUCUUCCACACGUUCUGCUUGAGGUUCACGAACGCCGCCAAAGAAAACAUGGAAAGGGAGGCAAAGGAGGCGGCUCGGCGCCAACACACGCAGGAAGUGGAGGAGCUUAAGAGGCAUUCGUGGGCCGGAGGAGAACAGGCAAAAGGAGCUAUCGGGAUGCGCUGCAGCAGUGAGGCAGACGUGACAGCCGCCUCGUUGCUACAAACUGAGACCAAGCACCUGAUGGGGCUCCUGAGCCCCAAGUCCCAUCCACGGUCCCAGCACAAAGCCUCUCAGGAUCGCGCAGGAAGCCUACGGCGAACGCGCAACUCGCCGUCCAAUUUGUCGUUUGUCCUGGCUGAGCGGGAACUAGCCACACUGUUGGAAAUGGGGCUUGACCCAAAAAGUCCUCAGCCAAGAGGACUGAGAGGAAUCAAGUCACCUGAACAGAGAACAAGACCGCCUUCCCCAAGGGUGACCCCUGCCAGCCCACCAUCAGGAUCUCCUUCUGGGCACUGCGAAAACACCAACCAUGCCGCUUCACCUCACCUGAACUGCAGUGAGACGCACAAAAACUCUCCACUCGUCUCUGAAUCCACGCUUACCUCAAAUCUAAACGAACAGCCAGACCACAAAAACCACGAAGACGAUAAAGGAAGGAAGGAAGAUCUUUCCCAGAAGACGACUCUCUCCACUUCAAGCACAGACGCUACCAGAACAAAGACAGACGAUGAAGGAUCCAGUCAUGGAGUUCCCUGCAGGGAUGAGAAGACCCAAGGAAACCCUUCCAGUACAGACAACAUGUGUGUAGUUCUAGAAAAAUGCACUCUGGUCUCUGAACUGAAAGCAUUCCAGCAGGAGGGGGUCACCAAACCAACUCAUCACCCCAAUGAUGUGGUGAUCACAGAUUUGGAAGAAGAUGGCACCGACCAACCUGGAAAGACCGAAAGAGCCGAUGUAGAAACCACCAAGAAGCCCUCGUCUUCCUCUCCACGAGAAGGAAAAGAGGACAAGGUGAUUGUGUGGUGUGUGACAGGCGUGUGCGACGCUGUGGGUGAAAAGAGCUCCACGCUGUUGGAGGGUCAUCAAGACCAGAGCUCUCCUGCCUCAGACAAUUCUUCAGACCCUCGCCUCCCCAACGAAGGAGCAGUUGCGCCCGUCAGCAGCCAGCCUCAGCCCGCGUCCCGUUCUCAGACCGUGGUACCAGCAGCUUUCCUGGGGGGUUGUCCAGCAGAGUCGAUGCCCUCUGCCACCUCUAAUAAAAAGUCCAAUGUGGCGGAACAGUCAAAAGUUGACGGCAAAUCCAAGAAGGAUUGUAGGAGUUCAUCUGAAGUUCCCCCUAAAAAUAACAAAGCUUCACCUAAAGCCAAGGACCUAUCUGCUUCUAAAGCCCGACUUGUGGCGACAAAACCUACAACCUCAGCAGCAGACAGAUCAAAGCCGGUCCGCACCCUCACCAAAUCUGAGAAUCAGGAGAUGAGGAGGGUCGUGCCCAUCAGCAGAACCUCCCAAAGCUCUUCGUCCUCAGCCAAAGUCUCUGCAAAGCAUCAGCAAACGCCUCUACGAGAAAGACCCUCAACUGCUGCUGCCCUCCGACGAUCCAACACCAACAAGACCCCAGAAACCAGAGACUCCAAGGCUUUAGACGUUCAUGCGUCUGUUCGAAACCAGAACCAGGACUUUGAAAGAAAGCCAUCGCUGAGAAAGCCCCUAACAAAACCUGCGGUCCAAGCAGAGGAGAGGAUAUGUCGCUCCACGCUGAACGUGCUAGCUCAAGGCAGAAGAGGGGGGACCGUCAGCGCUCCAACUACUCCUCUGCAUAAGACCACCUCACCGACAGUCCAGCCGGGUUUCACCCGAAGCACCGCAUCCUCUUCUUUCAGAAAAACCCACUCCACCCUCGGUUCCUCUGUUCGUUCCCAGCCGCCCACAGUUGGUUCCCUCAAAACCUCCACAAAAAACACACCUGCUAGUCCGUCGGCUGCUGCAUCCACAAGGAUGGUUUCUCCCAAACUGCUGGAUCCUUCCGGUUCCUCUCCCACAUCCACCUUAAAGAGAAAUCGAACUAUCCGAUCAUCCACCCGCUCGCCUCUUCACGGCCUGACUCUCCAUCAGGGCCACAGAAGAAACAACAGCGGCAGCUCCACUCACUCUAAGGAUUCUGGGAAAUCCUCAAGACCCAACUGGAGAUAACCAGAGUCCUUCUGGAGACGGACGUUGGAGGAUUUGUUUGUAACUCUUUAAUAAUGGGUGGGCUCUUUCCUUGGUGCUCAUGGGAGCGACUGUUCCCACGGGGAGAAAGAAGGCAUUUCCAAAAAACCUCUGAGCGGGAGAUGAAGGCCUCCAAGUCAACCUUCAGCUCUGGUCUUUGACAUCCAUGUUCUAUGCAUUUGUUUAAAAAAAACAAAGUAUGUUUUAAACAAUGAUUCCCAGUGGAAUCGGGCCCGGUGGGUCGGUUCCUUAAAGGCUCUGGCUCUUUAUAGGCUUGUUCUGCUCCUGACUUCUACUUUGUCUUUGCCGAUAAAGUUAGAGAAGAUUCAAAAUUCCACUGGAGAAGCUAAAAUCCACUGAAAUGUUACAGUUCAGGUGAAAACCUUAAAGAAAAGUUUCUGUCUUUGUGCUGAAAAAUAAAUGGGCGAUCCACCAGGAUCCAGGUAGAACUGAACCGAGCUGCUCUUAGCCGGUCCAAAGUUCUCAGGGUUCUGCAGCCCUGGUCCGGUUCUGUUGCUGACGGGGAUCCGGGCCGAUCUUCUGAAAAUACUUUCAGCUUUGUCGGGUAUUUCAUGAAAAAUGUUGACCCCAAAUUGAGAAGAGAAAAUAGAGACUAGAAUUUCUUCAGUUCAUUUUCCUCAAGUCAGUAUUUGUUAUUUUUCACCAAAUUACUACAAAACUCUGCACGGAUAUUUACCAAACAAAUGAUUUCCUUCGGAAAAAACUUUAUUUAAAGUGAGGCAUCUGGACGCUCAGCUGGUGCUGCGAGAGACGACAGUUCAGUCUAUUUAGGAGAGACGUCUGUUCGUUUUUUAUCAUCAUUUCUAAUGUCUAAAUCUCACUGAUUCUCAUUUUAAAUCGAUUAAUCCAUUUUAGAGACGUUUGUACCUGGUACAUUUCCUUUGAUUCAAGUAAAACUGUAUGUUUAAUUUAAAUGUAUAUAUUUGAAACAAAUGACUUAUUUCUGGUCUCUGAAUCAAAGAAUCAGAAAGGCUAAAGAUUCUACUUUGUCUGAAAGA